AUGACGGGCUGCGAUCCUGUUCUUCUCCACAAGAUGAUCGCACAACUGCGCCAGCGGCAGUCGGCCUACGCCCAGCACCCGCAGUUCCAUGCGAUCCACCACUCCCUGAGGACGGCACCGGUGAGGAACAACCUGGACGAGCGGUUCGGCCCGUCGAGCGCGCGCAGCUCGCAGGCCGCGUUGGCCGAGCAGGCUCGCCUUCUCGGAGGAGUCGACCGCCGACCCAGCGACCUGGACGUGCGCUUUGAAGACGACACCAACAAGAUCGUGACCCGCCGGCAGCAGCGUCUGUUCAGUCCAGACUCCAGCAGCGGACGGGGACGGUUCCAGCAGCCGGCCGUGCAGAGCCUGCACCACGCCUCUCCGACCAACGACAGCGACCGGAUCGGUGAGACGACAGACGCUGACGGCCAGACUGACAGUGACGUCACGACAGACGGUGACGUCACGACGAGCAGUGACGUCGCGGUCGGCGGCGCCGUGCUGAGCGCGCGGCUCGGAGAGCCGGUCAACGAGAGCGACCCGACGGUGGGCGCCAGCUCGGCCGGACGCUACUUCUUCCAGUUGCCGCCGCCUGACCAGAAGGCGUCCGGCAGCCGGCGCGGUCGUCGCCUCUCGCGUCCCUUCAUCCCACAGCCGCUGCGCGCCGGCAAUCCAUUUGCGGCGCUGACACGGCCGCCGCAGCGACGCCGCUCCGUCGACCAGGGUUUCAGCGGCCUGUUCGGCCGGUCGCCGCUCUCCCGUUCGCACGUGCACUUCGGGGCGCCGUUCGUGCCUUCGAGGCCGGACAGCCAGGAGGAGUACCUAGACCGCGACUACUACGGCCCGCCGCGCUUCUAUGACGCCUACCCGUUCCCCGUGUUCGAGGACAACUUCCAGACGCAGAUUUUCAACAGCAAGACCAAGGAGGUGGUGCGCCGGCCGCCGCCGGCGCCGCAGCCCUAUCAGUUCCAGAACGACUUCCGACCUUCUUUCCCGGCGCCGCCGUACAAGACGUACGAGGAGGAGCGCCAGCAGUCGAACCCGUACCGCCCGUACUCGUACGACAGCGCGCAGUACGCCGACCCGUACCCCGAGGAGGCGUACCAGACGGAGCAGCCGCCGAAGGUCACCACGUACCGCCCAUCAGUGACCCCACCGCGCCCUACCACCUACUCUCCCCCGACCGCGGAGCGCGAGCCGACUCCGACCGCCACGGAUUCCUACGGUCUGGACCCGUUGGACAGCUGGUUCCCGGCCUUUCCCGUGCCCACCAAUCCUGCGCCGCUGCCGCUGGAGCGACCAUCCAACGCGAGCCGACCCUCGUACAGCGAGCACAAGUUCUUCGACCCGCUGCCGAGCGUGCCGCUCCCGCCGUACUCCCGACCGCGUCGACCUGACCCGUACGACACCUACGACUAUGACGCUUACUAUCGACCGGUGCCGACCAGCCCCUACCUGACAUCUAGCGACGACGACAGCAGGGACAACCAGCCCCGCGCCAAGGCCACGGCGGCGCCACCCAUCCGUAUCUCCACGCUCUCGUCGUUCUCGUUCGGUGACACGGGCACGCGCUUCCCGGAGCGCGAGCCGCGCGCCUUCCCGCCGUCGACGGUGACGGUGCAGACGGUGAACGCGCGCCGGCCGACGGCCAGUCCCACGCCGCCCUCGCCCACCGUGCAGACGUACACCGAGCCCGCCUACGUGGCCUUCGUCAACGACACCAUCUACGACGUGUACUACAUCUACGACGAUGAGGAGGUGCUGUACGAGGACGAAGUGGCCACGGAUGCGGCGCCCACGCGUAGGCCGCCGGCGCCCAGGCCCACCACCACCGUCUCGACGGCCGUGCGCAACAAGGCUACUCGGCCGACGGCGAGCCCUCCGCGACGGACUCGGACACGAAAGAGGCAACGGACAAAGACGCGGAAGCCUGCAAAGACCAGCACCAAGACGACAGACGAGACCAAACCUACCAAACCACGCCGUAGGCGGCCCAGGCCGCGCAAGAAGACGACCACGACCGAAACCCCCACGACGACUGAGGCCAGCAGCAGCCGGUUGACUGGACGUCCCCAGACCAGACUAAGGCCCACCGUCCGCCGACGAGUCAACGCUCCCCGCAACCCUAAACCCACCACCACCACCACCACAACCACCACCACCACCGCCACCAACCGCCGCGUUGUCCGACCCAGUUUCAGCUCUGCUGACACCUUCCGCAAGACAUCCACCACGGACCUGAGCUCGACGCGCGGCUCCACCCUCGGCUCCAGCUUCAGCUCCGGCUCGAGUCGCGGCUCCACCUUCAGCUCCGGCUCGAGUCGCGGCUCCACCUUCAGCUCCGGCUCGAGCCGCGGCUCCACGCGAGGCUCCACCGCCCAGUCCACGUUCGGCUCGACUCGCGGCUCGACGCGAGGCUCCAGCCGCGGCUCGACGCGCGCCCCGGCGCCGGCGCCGGCGCGGCAGGCGUCCAAGUCGACCGACCUCGGCAGCAGCCGGCGCACGCCCAGCAGCGGCCUCCGCUCCAUCGACACGGGCAGCUCGCGCCGCCCCAACAGCAGACCAAGCUUCCCGAAGAAGUCCAAGAACAGCGGAAGCAGAGGUGGACACGCGAGGCCGGCGGUCAACAUCUGGGAACAUCCCCCGUGGAGGCCCGCCCCUGUCUAUCCGCAGCCGGAGCCCGACCAGCCGGCCGAGCGGUGUGACGCGCGCUGCCGACUCCCCGACUGUAACUGCGGCGGCACUGCCACUCCCGGUGGCCUGGAGUCGCAGAACGUGCCGCAGCUGGUGCUGCUCACCUUCGACGACUCGGUCAACGACCUCAACCACGGCUUGUACAAGGACAUGUUCGAGAACGGCCGUGUCAACCCCAACGGCUGCCCCAUAUCGGCCACGUUUUACGUGUCGCACGAGUGGACCGACUACAAGCAGGUGCAGAACCUGUACGCCGACGGGCACGAGAUGGCCUCGCACUCCAUCAGUCACAGCUUCGGAGAGCAGUUCUCAACGUCCAAGUGGGAGCGUGAAAUCGCUGGCCAGCGUGAGAUCAUGGCCGCCUACGGAGGCGUGCGCAUGGAGGACAUUAGGGGCAUGCGCGCUCCCUUCCUCUCGAUCGGAGGUAACCGGAUGUUCAAGAUGUUGUACAACAACAACUUCACCUACGACUCGUCGAUGCCGGUGUAUGAGAACAACCCGCCGAGCUGGCCGUACACACUCGACUACAAAAUCCACCACGACUGCAUGAUCCCGCCCUGCCCCAACAAGGCAUACCCAGGCGUGUGGGAAGUGCCGAUGGUGAUGUGGCAGGACCUGAGCGGCGGUCGCUGCUCGAUGGUCGAUGCUUGCUCCGCUCCUUCCACUGCCGAGGAGGUCUACAAGAUGCUGAUCAAGAACUUCGAGCGUCACUACACCAGCAACAGAGCCGUCUUCCCGCUGUACUUCCACGCCGCCUGGUUCACCACCGAGCACCACAAGGAGGGCUUCAUGGCCUUCCUCGACACCAUCAGCAAGAUGGACGACGUCUGGCUGGUGACCAACUGGCAGGCGAUCCAGUGGGUGCGCGACCCCCAGCCGCUCAGCACCGUCAAGAGCUUCAAGCCGUUCGGCUGCGACUACCCGGAGCGUCCCGCCCGCUGCGUGAAGGCGCGCAAGUGCAACCUGUGGCACAAGUCUGGCGUGCGCUACAUGACCACGUGCCAGCCGUGCCCGGAGAAGUACCCGUGGACCGGCAAGACGGGCGUCAGCCGACCCUGAGCUCGACCGCCGGCCGGUCGGUCCCACUAACUUAUACCGGACAAUGAGGUGGUGUGCGCGCGCGCGGGUGAAGUGGAGACGCCGCGCGGCGGCGCCCGCGAGGUGCCCGGCGCGCCGAACGCUGUCGGCGCUGGACAUGUCUGCGUCUCGCGUGCCAAUUACCGUGAUACUGCCGCGCAGGGCACGGACCGUGACGUCACUGUAGCCCUGCCGCCGCGCCGCCCGGCGCCGCUGCGCGCGCAGCCGCCGGGCGGGCGCCCCCUCUCCGUCAGCUAGCCUUGUUUCAGUCUUGCCCGCGAGUGGCGUGCUCCCAGGCCGAGUGUUGGGCUCGCAGAUUCUUACGCGCAGAUGGGAGCGAACGUAGACUUGGUCCUUCCGAUCAUUGUACCAAGGCAUUCCGCAAUGCGUAGAUGAUUUCACCCUACGUGCAGCAGCACAUAGCAGAGGAUUAAGCUAGCAGGGUUCAGACACAUAUUAUCAUGUGAUAUGAAACUCGAAAUACAGGUUAGUGACGUA